AUGAGAAAACUACUGCUUCUGUUCGUUACAUGCGUAGCAGCUUGCCACUGCGCCUUGGCACAGGACGUUUCGAAAGUUUUCGUCGAGAACGGAAUCGUUUCCGAUGUGAUCCCGGAAGCACCGACCGGUCUGGUGAAAGUGUCCUAUCCUUCCGGUCAGCAAGUUUCCCUUGGCAACGAAUUAACACCGACGCAGGUCAAGGAUCAGCCGACCGUCAGCUGGGAUGCGGAACCGAACGGCCUGUACACGCUGAUCAUGACCGAUCCGGACGCACCGUCCAGAGCCAAUCCAAAGAUGCGCGAGUGGAAACACUGGAUCGUCACCAACAUUGCCGGUUCCGAUCUAAGCACCGGUGAAACGCUAGCCGAAUACAUCAGCUCUGCCCCACCGGAGGGAUCGGGACUGCAUCGGUAUGUGUUUCUCGUCUACAAGCAACCGGGACAGGUGCAGUUCGACGAGCCGAAACAAAGCAACCGUAAUUCGAAGCGUGGCAAAUUCCUUGCUGCCGAGUUUGCCCGGAAGUACAAUUUGGGGUCACCGGUAGCCGGCAACUUCUACCAGGCUCAGUACGAUGACUACGUUCCGCAGGUGUACGCCACUUUUACGGAAACGAAAUAACGCGUCGACGUACGUCGAGCACCCACCCGCUGCAGCCUGACCCGAUUUCGGGAGAAUAAACACUAACACCCACUACUACUACACACCCACACAUACACAGCAUAGCGGCAUGACAAACAUUCUUCUAAACACUACUCCCUAUUUGCUCUUUGUUUCGGCACCCGGCACACUCCUGGCAGUUAAAAUUACCGAACACGAAUAAACAGCACAUA